AUGGUGAAAACUCAUGGAGCUUCCUCUGAGAAGAUCCCUACUACUCAAUCCCAAAAGCCUUCUGCUCAGCCCUCUCUGUCGCCUCCUCCGUCUGUGUCAACAACGCCUCCACCUACUCCAGCACCAGCGGCAUCUGUUGGGAGGACUACCAUAUCCAAGGCACGCAAUAGGAUGAUCCCUCUCUCUACUGAACACCCCAUGGUGUUUCAAGAUAUCUCGGCUGAUAUUGUCGACAACACACCACCAACUGAAGUGGUGGUGCCCUCUCAAGCCAAGAACCAAUCUAUUUUUCUGAUUGAACCAUCUCUAGCGGCUAGGGAAAAAUCCAAGUUUAUUUCAUCUUCUUCCAAAGCUGUUGCUGCUGGGUUACUCAAGUUGCCCAUGAAGUUGAGCCAGUCCAAGAAAAACUCUUUGGCUCCAAAAAUAAAAUUGGUGUUGGGCUCGUCUUCAUCACCCUUGACUGGUGCCAAGAAAAGAUUGAAGGCUAGUCCCCCUUCUCCGUCUUCCUCUAAAUCUGAACCUGAGGAAGAGAAAUCUGAGUCUGAAGAAACCCAUGAUACCACCUUAUCUGAUGAAUCUGUUCCUAAAAAUGUUGAAUCAGAGGCUAAUUCUGAUGAGCCAGAACAAGAAGAUGUUGUCCCCACUGCACAAGAAGACGAAUCUGACACAGAGCCAGUUGCAACUCCAUUGUCAUCCAAGGCUAAAGGCAAAAGACCUAUCUCUGAUUCUACACCAUCUCACAAACUCUCAGGUGUUUAUUUCAAACCUUAUUCUUCUACUUUUUGUUAUAAUGACAAUGCUCGUGAUAUUGUUCUCUAUGCUCAAAGGAAAUUUCUCAUUGCGAAAAAUUAUGUCUUGAGUGAUCAUCAUCCUUAUGGUGUGCUAACUUUGCUUCAAGAUCGAAAAUGGACAGUGUAUGUUAGGGGCCAUUGGUUCUCUUUUUCUCCACAAGAUAUUGCACAGGCUUUGCAUCUUCCUCUUGAUGUUGAGAAUGAUGAUGAUCUUGACUCUCUUGACAAGGAUGAGGUCAUCACUAAACUAGUGGGACAAAAAAUGGUUGGGCCACCUAAUACAGUCAUCUCGGUUACCAAUCUCACCUACACUUAUGUUGUUCUCCAUAAGUUUGCCACAACGAAUUUGAAACCAACUUCUCACACUGCAACUAUCUCAUUUGACAUGGCUUCCUUUUUGUACAAAGUGGGGACCGAAAUUGGUAUAGACUUGGCUAUGUUUAUCUAUGAUCAAAUCAUUGGAUUUAGAAAAGGUAAUAGGAGAAACUUGAAUCUUCUUUUUCCUCAAGUUAUUUGUAAAGUGUUGAGUAUGCAGAAAAAAGAUCUUAAGCGAGAUCAAGAAGAUUUGGUGGCUCCCUCUACUGCUGCUUCCUACAAAGCAUUUGCUCCAACUACUGAAGCUGUUGAUGCUCCAUCAUCCAAGAAAGCCAAGCCUCAAUCUCUGAAGUUUGCCUCGGAUGAUAUUCCUCCUGAAUCCUCCUCUGUUCCCAUAGAUUCAAGACCUGUUGCUACAGAACUAGCUGUUGUUCAAGCCUCUGUUGAUUCUUUGGCUGCUCGAGUGAUGACAGUUGAAGGACUGAAACAUUCUAUUUUGGAUGCUGUUAAAACCUUGUCCAAGGAUCCAGCGGUUUGGUUUUCCUUGUUCUUAUGUCUUUUGUCCUAA